UGUACUGUCCUCCAUCUGCUACCGAGUUACCGAAGUCCCGGCUUGCGCCAUGUGUAAUCUAUCUAUGUACCGUGGCAUCGGAAGGCAAACGACAAGACCUUCUGAGCUGCAUUUUCUUUGGAGGGGACCACGGGUUGCCGUGUAGAGUGAAUGAAUAGUUGCAUGCAAACACUGCCCUCACUCUCUUCUUCUCCUUCUUCAAUUUCAAAAUGUAUCAUCUGAUGAUUCCUAGCUCUAUAUUCACCUGCACGUUAGCAUUCAGCCCAACGGGAGGCUGCUAGUAUAGUACGUGAGAUAGUCGUGCGUGCAGCCAACCAGGGCUCCCCCGUCUCCCGUUUCCCCCUGCUUUUUCCCUUGGACAGCCAAACGCGACAUGUACAGACAUACAUUAUACACUACCAACCACCACCACCACCACCACUACCACUACCUCCCUAUUCGUUUACCGCCCUGCCUGUGCCUGCUGUACCCUUUUCACACCUCUCUGCGUGUCGUCCCCUCUUUUGCUGGAUGAAGUGACCUGCUUGCCCGCCUGCUUGCCUGUCCAGCCUAAACUCUCUUGGUCCCGCGCGCCUUACCCUACCCAGACAUACACACCACCACCCACUCACCUUCUGGUCCGCCCGCCGACCAACUCACCUACAUACUCCUCCCUCCCUCUCCCUCUCCCUCUGCACACCGCGUGCACAUAAUAAUAAUACCCCCCACCCGACUCCCCUCAAUUGCGUAUGCCGCCUCUUUAACCCCCUCGCCCGCACUCACGGCUGCCCUCCGACUUCUCCACCCCCCUCGUCGCCCUGGUUGGUUGCUCCCCACGGGCUGACCACUUGCGCACGAUCCCUUCCGCUUCCACCCACGGCAUCGUUGCCUCACCACAAGUGAUGGCCUCGACUGCCUCGCCGCCCGCAUCGCCGCCCGGUGCUUUGCAGCGCCCCAUGAGCGCCAUGAUCCGCUCCAAUCGCUCCAGCAGUAGGAUGAGCAUGAGCAGCAAGCAAGGCGGGUCGCGCGCCUCCGACGAGGACUCCAAGACGGCCGUCAAAGUCGCCGUUCGCUUGCGCCCGGCGCUGAAGCCCGAAGACCCGGGCUACGAACUCAUCCCCCAGCGUUUCCGUCACUCCACCGUUCAACUUACCUCGCCGUCCAGUCUCGCUGUCGAUGCAUCCAACGGCCGCAAAGUCUUCGUCUUUGACCGUGUCUUUGGAGAGGAUAUUGAUCAGGAGGGUGUCUUCGAAUACGUCAACGAGAGCGUCAACUCCUUCGUUCAAGGUUACAAUGUCUCCAUUCUCGCAUACGGACAGUCGGGUGCUGGAAAGUCGUACACCAUGGGUACCACGGGCCCAGGCGACCAGAGCGACGCACGCAUCAUGGGUAUAAUACCUCGCGCUGCUGCGCUACUGUUCGAGAAGCUAGAUGGCCCAAACAAAGCUGCCGGCUCUGGCAUAAGAGCACCCUCACGUCUCUCCGGCCUCGGCUCUGCCCAGGCCAUGCACUCCAAGUCGUCGGCCAAUAAAAAUUGGCAGCUCAAGGCAACCUAUGUAGAGAUUUACAACGAGCAGCUUCGCGAUCUUCUCGUGCCCGAACACACUCCGCUGAACGAGCGCCCCAAUGUCACCAUCCGCGAGGACACCAAGGGCCGCAUCCUGCUCACCGGCUUGACGCAGAUCUCCAUCAACUCCGCCGAGGACCUGCUCAAUGCCCUCAACUUUGGGUCCUCCAUCCGUCAAACCGACUCCACCGCCGUCAACGCCAAAUCCUCCCGUUCGCACGCCGUCUUCAGUCUGAACCUGGUGCAGAAGAAGAGCGGCUCAGCACCGCUGACCAAGCGCGAGAAGCGCAUGUCCGUUCCCAUUGAAGCCAUGUCUGGCAACAACAGCGAAAGCAUGGUCACCGUGGACAGCAAAUUGCACUUUGUCGAUUUGGCCGGUAGCGAAAGGUUAAAGAACACUGGUGCACAGGGUGAACGGGCAAAGGAGGGUAUUUCCAUCAACGCCGGUCUCGCUAGCUUGGGCAAGGUCAUUUCCCAGCUGUCCUCGCGCUCCCACGGCGCUCACGUGUCAUACCGUGAUUCGAAGCUCACCCGUCUGCUCCAAGAUUCGCUCGGUGGUAACGCCAUCACAUACAUGAUUGCAUGUGUGAACCCUGCCGAGUUUCACUUGAGCGAGACCCUCAACACGGUUCAGUACGCCCAACGCGCUCGUGCCAUCCAGAUCAAGCCGCAGAUCCAGCAAGUCAACGAUGACAGCGACAAACAAGCAGUCAUCGAGAGGUUACGGGCCGAGGUCUCGUUUCUGCGUGACCAGAUUCGACUUUCGGAGCGCACCGACCGCAAGAAGGCGAGCCCCCAAGAGCGGGGCGAACGCCAACAGGAACGCGAAAUGGAGCUGCAGAACUCGUUACUCGACAUACAAGAGAACUACAGCGCUCUUAGCGCUCGCCAUGCGAAGCUUAUCUCCGAAAUAACAAAGGCUCGCGACAACGACUCGGCCGAAACACCCGUGCUCAAGGACGCUAUUGGCGACUCUGCGCUAGAGCGACUCAAGCGUUCCAACUCGUUUGCCGAAGCCGUGGAAUCCGUGGUUCUAGAAUACGAAAAGACGAUCCAGAGCUUGGAAUCCUCAUUAUCAAACACUAGGUCUUCUCUGUCCACCAACGAGAGCGAACUUUUGGAGAAGGAGACUAGAAUCGCCUUCCUGGAAAACCAAGCACAGCAGCUGCAAUCCCGCAUCCAGAAAGCCGUGGACCGCGAACAGAGCAACGAGGAAUACGUCAAAACCCUCGAGGCACAAGUGGACAACUCGACUUCUGGAAUCGAGAGGAAUGAUACUACGAUUGCCGAUCUGCGAGAGAAGCUGCAGCGUGCACGCGAAAAUGAAUCGACUGCCGAAGACUAUAUUUCCACCCUUGAGGAGCGCCUCGCUGAGAACGAGCAGGAGGUAGACCUGAUGCAGAGAGAGAUUGAACGUUUGAAGCAUGUCGUCGAGCGACAGCGCAGCAUCGGAAAGCUGGACAAUCUUCUAUACGAACUGGACAGCAUCCGACAGACUGAGCCAAAGGGCGAGGAAGCGCACCUCAAUGGCCAUUCCAAGAAGGCCAGCGAAUCUUCCAUUGAGAUGCGGCCAUCGGAUGAGCACAAACGCCAGUUCAGCACUAGCGUGGAUGCCAUUGCAGAGGAGGAAGACGGAGAACGUCCGUCUACGCCACCUCCAACUGAUCCUGUUGAGACGGAUGGUGUGGCCGAAGACGAUGCCGAGGAGAAGCCCGCUCCGGCCGUUGCCACCAAGGACCUUGCACCGGAAGAGGCCAUCGACAUGCCUCAAAGCCCUGCACAAUCGAGAUUUGUCGAGGACAAGCUAGAGAACGUCACUCAAGAGCUAUUCGACCUCCGUAUGGAGCACGAGGCAACUCUGCAAGAUCACGAUAGGCUGGCGAGCAAAUACCAGGAGGCCUUGCGCACGCUUGCCUCUCUGCAGGAUGCUGUGGAGGAGGCACGUCAUCGACGACCAUCUCUUACCGAAUCGUCUCGGCCAACAUCUUUUUUAGCGGACGCGGGGGUGAACGGCCUAAAAGUAGAGGGUGGACAACCAUCAUCCUCGCGUACAUUGUCUGCGGAGUUGUCCUUGGUCGAAUCGCGUACUACAUCUACGAAUCCCGAGAACGAGGAUACGGAAGCGGGAGCAGCAGCAGAGAACUCUGAGGCACCAGAGGGUGUGACUGAGUCUCGCGCUGUCACCCUCGCUCAGAAUGAGGCGACUUUGUUGCUGGAAAUGGAAAGCCUCAAGAAGCUGCACGCUGAAAAGGAGCAGCGUAUGGUCGAGCUCAACCAAAACUACGUCGAGCUGGAAGACCAGCACCAGAAUACGCUCGACUACGUUGAAGAGCUCAAGACGGAGAUUGCCAAAGCUCAAAUGCAUCGCCCUCAAUCGCCAACUGCGCACAUCAUCCGACGAAAGUCCAGCCAGAGCACGGUCGCCGUUGAUCGUGCGAACCGCGCUUUUGCUUCGCUCCGCAACAUAGCCAUGGACAAUUUCGAGGAGCAGCCCGAGACUGUCGCCAGCUUCGAGCUCAAUCUCAAUGCCAUCAUGAACGAGCUACACGCCAAAACCGAGCGAGUGCAAGACCUGGAAACCGAUGUUGCGUCUGUGCGCAAGGAGAUGGAAACUAAGAUGACUUUGAUCAGCGGUCUCACAAAGGAGCGGUCGAGUCUGAAGGCAUCGUCUCCUCUUGACAUUUCUGUGGUCGCGACCAUGCAGGAUAGGAUCAAACAGAACGAGGAUGAAAUGAAACAGCUCCGAGAGGAGCAUUCUAAGCGCGAGAAAGACCUUCUCAAUCAGGUUGCUGAGCUCAAAGCAUCUGUAGCGCCUGUGCAGUCUUCCGAGGAGCCCUUAUCUCCCCGCCAGAUCGCUCCGGCUGUUGCAUCUAAAUCCAUCGACGAUGUUAUUGUUCCUGAGGGUGACGAUGCCCGCCAAGAGCAGCUUACGAGACUGCAGAGCGAAGUCGCGGAAUGGCAAUCUAAGCACGUCCAAGCAAUUGAAGCUACCAAGGCGUCCGAGAAGCAGCACGUGGAAACUGUGCAGAACCUGGAGACUACCCUGAAGAAACUCGAGUCCGAUCACUCGGUUCGCAUCGCUGAAAUGGAACAGUCACAGAGUGCGGGCGUCGAAGCGAUGCUCAAUGAAGAAAAGGCCAAGCACGCCGAGCUCGUGGCUGCUCUUCAGAAUCAGGUUGACGAGCACAAAGCUACCGCUGGUCAGAAUGCUGCUCGUCUUGCUGAGCUGGAAGAGUCGCACGCCAAGAUUGUUCAGCAAUACGAAGAGAAUUAUGAAGCAGCCCAGCUCAAGGAGAGGGAGCUCGAUACCCACAAGUCGCUCUUGCUCAACCUCGAGCAACAGGUCGAACAGCACAAAGCUGCUGUCGAUUUCCACGAAAAGAGCAUCGAGAGUCUGAAGGAAUCCCACUCUGCUGACCUGGAGAAGCUCAACAAGGAGAUUGCUACGCAUCAAGAGACUUCGCAGACUUUACAAUCUGAGUUGAACCAGGCGAAGACCGACAUGGAGAAGCUGCUUGCAGAUGUGUCGACCGCUCUAGAUGAAGAGACCGACAUGACCCAGAUUCAAUCUAGACUUCAAAAUCUGGUCGAAGAGCGCAAGUCUCUCAGCUCCAAGAUGGAGAAGGCUGUGGAAGAUCUCAGCGCGGCGAGGAAUGAGCUCACCGCAGCUACCAACACCAUUAGCACGCUCAAGGGCAGUAUGAAGGAAAUUGAAGGCAUCAACGCCGACCUUCUCAAGGAAAUCAAGCGUGUGACCGACAAGGAACUGAAGAGCUCCCGACUUGUGCAAGAGCUCGAAGAGCAGCUAAGCCAAAAUUUCGACCAGCAUGCAGCUGCCACCAAUCGCCUGUCGGCUCUCCAGACGGAACGCAGCAAGGAGCUUCAGAACUCCAUCACCCGCAAAGAGGAGCUCGAGAAGGAAGUUGAACAAGCCCGUAUUCAAGUGGCCCUUUUGGAGUCUCAACUCGUUGACGCCAAGCGCCAAUCUAACCGGGAGUCUCUCGUUGAUCCUCGCGAAAACUUGCAGAGGUCCAACUCGAAGGAUUCAAACCUGCGCAAGAGCACUUCCCACAACUCUUUGCCUUCACCUCCUCCGGCCAUUCCUCUUCCCCCUCUUCCCGGAAGUCCUCCCCCCACUUCGCAGGCCAACAACGCACCUUCCCCACCCACAUCCCGCCACCAGAGCAAGGAUAUUGCCCAUGCUCAGCUAGUCGAGGACCAGGAAGCUCGCAUCCGAACCAUCGAGAAACACUUGUUCGCCGAGAAGCAGCUCACAGCCACGCUAGAAGAUGCGCUAACGGACCUGGAACUAUCAAGCAACAAAACCAAGUCCGAAAUCGACAAUUGGAAGAAGAAGUGCAGCAACUUGGAAGAAGAGCUUGCUUCUCUCAAGAAAGAGCGAAGCAUGGCACGCCACUCACUCCAGGCCGUCGAGGAAGAGCGCAAUGCACGCCUGCGCGUCGAAGCCGAGCGUGCGCAUCUAGAGGCCCGCAUGGCCGCCCUCAACAACAGCAGCAAAAAGAAGAAGAAGGGUGGCUUGAACUGCUUCUGA